GGAGACCCCGCCGGAGAGCCUGCUACUGGUGACACUGCUGGUGACCCAGCUGGUGGCCGGGACCCGCUGCUGUUCCUGCAAACUCUGCAGACGCUGUGGUCCACUCGGGAGCUGGGACAGGUGAGUACUCGGGGUGUGGGCACCGGGCCGCCAGCCUCGGCAGGCUGCCGUGUCCAAAUGUUCUGGGGGGUGCAUGGGAUUGGAGCCGUGGGACAAGGCCUGCUGGACGCUCAGAGCAGGCAGGGAGGGCCUGUGCCCACCACCAGCUUCCGGGCAGUGCGGGGCACCUGCCGGGCCUCGCCCGCUGCCCCCUCUCCCAGAGGGGCAGCAGGACAGCCCGCCUGGACAGCGGGGGGGAUGCGUGUGGUCCGGCGGGAGGAGCUCUGGCGGGGAGGCUGCCAGGGUCUUCCACGGCCACUUGGGGGUCCUGCAGUGGCAGCUGCCACUGCCCAGACAGUGUCCCGCCGUGACCUGUGCCAGGAGGACAACUCUGCCUCGUGGCCCCCGGGGGUGGUGCAGUUACUGGCCCUCGGCCGCUCCUUCUCUGCACUUUGCUCCCUUGAGGCAUCGAAAGGGCGAGGGAGGCUGCCCUGGCUCCUGGGGAGGACGGGCCCACGCGUGGCUGGAGGGAGAGGGCCACAUCCUCUAGUGCCAGCCUGGCCUCCAGCUGCCCGCCGAGGGUGGGCAGGGCACCCAGACCUGGGGCAGGCUGGUCGGGCAGGCGUCCGGAGCAGGUAAACUCCAGGCUUCCACAGCGCUUCGUGGUGGAGGAGGGCCAGCAGCCGGCCUCCUCUCUGGACAGGCCUGGGCUCCCCGCACGGCUGGGCAGAUAACGGCCCAUCCACUGCCUGCGCUUAGGCCUGAAAGCAGCCAUCUCUAGCCAUCAGCUGGAGAAUCCAGAGUUUUUGCAAAAGCCAAACGUUUUUUGAUUUUCCAGUUUCGUGCCCUGUGGCUUGAGGGUGAGACUCAGGCAACAGGGCUGUGGUGCUGUCCAGCCUUCCAGUUGGGAGCGGGCUCAUUGCGAGGUGGUAUCCUCUGCCCUGGUGUCACGGUGAGCCGGCUUUUGAGCUCGGCUCGACCCUCCAUCCCUGUUCACUGAAGGCAGGAGCCAGAGGCCUACAGAGCCUGAGGAUGAGCCGGGCGCUGCCCCGGGGGCGGCGGGGCGCGGGUGGGGGGCCUGCAAAUGAAGCCUGGGGGCUGUCUCCCUAAUGGUUGUUCCUGGGCAGAGUGUCUGUCUCUGGAUUUAUUUCUCUGGGAAGCGUCCGCUUCCUCCACGUCACCACGGUUUCGGCCGGAGGUCCCUCCCGGUUCCUGACCCCCACGUCUCCCGGCAGCGCUGCCCCUCCCCCGGCCUUGUGCCUCUUUCCCGGGGCUGAUCUCAGCCUUCAGGUAGCCGGACGCCCAAGGCAUCGGUUUCCAGGAGUCUUGGUUUCCGAUGCUGCAUUUAACGCCGCACCUUCCCCCCGAGUUCUGUUCGUCACCAGUUUGAUGUGUAGGGGUCCAUCGUCCUUCCUGUUUUCUGAUUUUCGCUGUGUCUCCUUCGACUAACCUGUUGUUCAUUUCCAGAGAAACACAGGGCUGUGUCUUGAUGUCGGUUAGCUGUUUGUUUCUGGCUGUGAAGGAGCCCGGUCCAUCUGUUUUGGUUUUUGCACAGGACAGGCUUGUUUUGUGGUUAGUUAUAUAAACACUCUGAGUUCCCUACUUGGCGAAAGCUCCCGCCUGGAGGGGACGCACGUUUGCUCACCAGAGCUUGUCCCGGGUUCCUGUGAGCAGCCGGCACCACGCUGUGCAGUGUCCAAGCUCGGACGUGUGUGAUAACCAAGGGGCCAGCAGCUGGAGAUGCGGUGGCUCAAGCCCUGAGGACGAGGGUGCAGAUGAGCCAGAGUGUCCUGGGGGCCAAGAGAGCAGCAGAGGGACCCAGGGGGCGGCCGCAUGAGAGCAGCUGGAGCCCAGCAGAGCACGUGGAGUUUUCAGGGACCGGACAGGACAGGGAAUCUGGAGAUGAAGGGGAGGCCAGAGGGCAGGAGGGAAGGAGAGAGGAGGUCAGCCAGGGUCUCAGAGCCAGGGGUCCGGAGGAUCGUCGACAUGGACGCUGAGCCCACCACGCCAAGGGCAGGGGUAGCACGGGAGGGCGACACGGGGCCAGACGUAAACCCCUGGGGCCCAACCCUGGUGCGUGAGUUCCACCCCAGGGCUGCAGCUACCGCUCAGGGCCACUUGCGUCUUAUUCUUUACUUAUUUAUUGAUUAUUGUUUUCUUUUAUAAUUCUAGACAUAUUUGUAUUCUAUUUUCAUCCCCAAACCGAUAUCUUACUGUUCUUUACUCUUAGAGCUUUGAUCACCCUGCUUGCGGUCACCACUCAUGGUGAAUUGUUCCUUGUGUGUCCUGUUGUUUUUCAUUGUGAGCUCACCUUAGUGCAGCUUUUUCCCUCUGGUGGCUGAGGGCCAGGUCCCCAGGGCCGUCCCCAGGACCAACCUCCUGAGCACACGUGGAAAUAAAUCCAAAUCCAAAGGCCAGAGCUGGGUCCUUCUAGACCUUUCCUUUUCCCAAGCAAGGGGUGUGGUGCUGAUGGAGACCCCGCCCCCUCCUCGGGCAAUGCUGGACGGUGGCCCCCAGGCUCUGUGGGAACCGCAGCCCCCUGCUGGUGCCCUUCAGACCCCUGAGAGGUGUGUGUGGCCUUGCCUAUCCAUCCUGGAGGGUGACAGCUGUCCUCAGGGUCUGUUUGAGGCCAUCUCAGGUCCACCCUGGGCCGGACCCCAGCAGGUCCUCGGUCAAGGGAGCUGCAGUGACCUGAACCACUGGAGCGGGCAGGGCGUGGCGGGCUGGCCGUGCACAGGGCCCUGCUGGUCACGCAGAGGAUGCCCAGCUGCUCUAGAGACGGUGCUCCGGGAGGAAGCCCAGAGGGGAUUCGCCACCCUGGAGGACCCGCUCGCCGCCCUCCUGGACAUGCUGGACAGCAGCCGGGGCUGGCGGGGGAAGGGCCCCUCCCUGGAGGCCUGGGUCGCCCGUGAGCUGAAGCGCUGCUUGCAGGCACAGCUGUGCCCGGGGCCGGCCCGGGGCAGCCCAGGGCUGAAGCAGCUGCAGGCCCGUGCGGUCAAGCUCCUUGCCGAGAGCCCCCCCGGCCUCGUGGAGCCGCUGGUCAGCAUCUUCCAGCUGCAGGAUGCAGACCGGAGCCCCCUUCUGGCUCACGUCCACCGGCUGCACCAGGAGGGCAAGUUCAAAGAAGCCAUCGUGCUGGGCGCAAAGCUGCGGCUGCAGGCAGAUCUUGAUGUUGAGAAGAUGUGCAUCCCCCUGCUCCUCCAGGACAAGGCAGACCUUGUGGAACGCUACGUGGAUGGCUUUCCCGACCUCCAGCGGAGGCUGCUGGCCCUCAUGGACUCCUGGUGCCAGCCCGGCUUUGACAUCAGAGUCGUCGCCAGAAGGUACCCGCAGACGACCUUGAGGCUGGAGAGGCUGAGCCCCAGAGCGCUGGGUCGGCAGGUCCUGCGGCUGCUGGAGCAGCAUGGCCUGGACCCUGACCUGUGUCCCAACGUCGUUAACCAGCAGCGCCUGGCCGCCCUGCGGUAUCUGUGCUACAAGCGGCUGGUAGAGAGAAGCGUAUCUCGGGAGAGCUGGGCCGAGCAUGUGCAGGGCCUGGCCGGGCAGGACCAGUGGCUACAGGAGCAGCUGCUGCAGCUGCUGGCAUCUCACGACGACGCGGCCCUGGUCGCCCAGUGUGCCCUGGACCUCCUGCUGCCCGAGGAGCGACUCCCGGCCUCGGUGGCCGCAGAGCUCCGCCAACUCAGGAUUCAGGAGAGGACAGCUGAGGCCCCUCUGGAGGACGGGAAGGACGAUUACUACCAGCUGCCCAUCCCCAGGGAGCACCUCCACUUCCUGGCCUCGUGGGAGGACCUGGCCAGGCACCAGGAGGAGCUCCUGCAGCCCGGCCAGGUGGUCGGCAUGGACCUGGAGUGGAGGCCCUCGUUCGGAGCCGGGGGCCGGCCCCGGGCGUCGCUCAUGCAGGUGGCCGUGGAGGGCCGCGUGUUCCUGCUGGACCUGCCCCGGCUCUCAAGUCCAGCAGGAGGGCAGGCGCCCCAGGCCUUCUUCCGGCUGGUGUCCCGGCUGCUCACGGACCCCUCCAUCACCAAGCUGGGUUAUGGGUUGGCGGGGGACCUGCGGAGCUUGGGUGCCUCCUGCCCGGCCCUGGCCCAGGCCGAGAAGCAGCUGCGGGGCAGCGUGGACCUGCUGCAGGUGCACAGGCAGAUGCGGGCAGCAGACAGGCCAGCCCCAGGUGUGGAUGGGGCCGCAGGGCCACGGGGCCUCAGCCUCCUGGUGCAGCAGGUGCUGGGCAAGCCCCUGGACAAGAUGCAGCAGCUUUCCAACUGGGACCGGCGGCCGCUGUGUGAGGGGCAGCUGGUCUACGCAGCCGCUGAUGCCUACUGCCUGCUGGAGGUGUACUGGGCUCUGUGCAGAGAGCCUGCGCGCUUCCACCUGUCGGGGGACCUGGCCAGGAGCCUGAGGCUGGGACGCGGUGAGAGAGCGGGGCCUGGGGAGCUGCCGCCCCUUCAGAAGGCCUUGACCUCGCCCCAGCAGGUGCCCGCGGGUGAGGACGCGGCCCCUGAGGUCCCGGCCAGGGCCUUCCGCGUGGUGUGUGACAGCAUGCUGCAGGGGCUGGCGCGGAGACUCCGCUGUCUGGGCAUCGAUGUGCUGGUGCUGGCCACGGGCGAGGACCACCGCAGGGCCGCCGAGGUGCUUUCCGUAAGCUGGUUCUGCUUUCUGUCCUUCCCUGAUGGUGUGCUGAGUCCUUCCAGCGAAUCCCCGGACCUGUGGAUGGUGUGGGGACCCUGCUGCCGCUCCGUCCUCCUCCCUCUGGCCUCAGUUCAUCUUGGCAUCUGCAGGGGGAGCCCCACCUCGCUCUCCCUCCGCCUCCACCUUCCCGUGGUGGUCUGGAAACAGCCCCUCCGUGGGCUUUGCUUGGAUCUCGUUGACACUGUGAGCCAGGGUGGGGACAGUGACAUGUCAUCACGUCGAGUCCUCUGUGCGUGAGUGUUGGUCUCGCUCUUCUGCGAGGGUUCCACGCACGUUUUGUAAGCUCUCCACGAAGCCCUGCCACGUCUGUGAGGUUUCACCCCAGGAACCUUCUGCUUUGUUGCCACGACGCGCAGUGCUGCUUGCUUUUCUGCGGAUACACAGAACUGCAGUGGACCUUUAGUUCUUAGUUGGCUGAGCGUUGAUCCUACAUCUGGAAACCUUGCAAAAGUCUCCUAAAUUCUACUGAAUUGACUCAGUUCUUGGGGUUCUCUUUGUGGACAUAUCUUCUGCAAACAGGUUGGUUUCAUUCCUUCCUCUCCAGUCUGUGUGGGUCUCUUUCUUUCCCUUAUCCUGUCCCAGUGGUCGAGGCCUCCAAGGUGCAGUUGACUAGGUGGUGACCGUGGCCGUCUGUCUCAGUUCUGACUUGACAGGGAAUGUUCCUCCGUGAACCACGGUGGUUGCCAGGCCCCCACACCAGGCUGGGGAGGCUCCCCGGGUGCCAUAUCCGCGGCACAUUUCAUCAUGAAAGAAGCUGAAUCCUACCUGAUGCUUUCUCUGCAGCCAUUGAGAGCAUCCCUGUGACCUGUGCACGUGACGAACCUUUUCAGUCUGGACCCAGCCUAGCCAGCAUGUCACGCUGCUGGGUCUGCCUCCAGGACCGUGUCUGACACAGAACUUCUCUUCCUCACCAUCUUCUCUUCCACCUCAUAAACAAGCUGGGAGUUUUUCCUCCUCUCUGCUUUCUGCUGCUUUGAGUAACAUGUAGAUUAUCCUCUCAAACAUUGGCCAACUUCCUGCAAGGCCUCCUCAGCCUGGUGUUUCAGGGGGGAGGCGUUUCCAGGAGUCUCUGAUUCUUUCUUAUUUAAUAAUUUUAGGACUACUUAGUUGUCUGCAUCUUCUUGAGUCACUUGGUAGUCCGUACCUCUUUCUGGAUGUGCCCAUUUCACAGAGUGUUUCACAUACGUGGUGGUGUCCGGCUCCUCUGUGAAAGCUCCGUGGUACCUGCAGGUGGUCAGCUUCAUUCUGAUUGCUGCUCACUCGUGCUCCCCCUCUUUCCUGAUCACACAGAGGUUUGUCAAUUUACUAAGUCUUUUCAAAUAACUAGUAUUUGGCUUUGUUGAUCCUUUCUAUUUCAUUCUUGUGUUUUUUGUCUCAUUAAUUUCUCUUCUUAUCUUUACAGUUUCCUUCCUUUUGCUUGCUUGGGGUUAUUUCCAAGCGGAGUGUUUAGCUCUUUAAUUUUCAGCCUUUUAAAUUUUAUGAUGUAAACAUUCAAGGCAAUAAAUUUUUCUUGAAGUACGUUUUCGCUGCAUUCCAUCCGUUUUGAUAUGUAGUAUUUUCAUUACUUUUUAGUUCUAAUAAUUUUUGAGCGUCUGUUAUAAUUACUUAUUUGACUUGAGUUCUUUGAAAGGCUGUUUUUCAGUUUCAGAAAGCUUGGGGUUUGGGAGCUUUUUAGUUAUCUUUUAAAAAUCAAUUUCUAACCUAUUUGAAUUGUAGUCUGUAUACUGCUGAUUUAGAUAUCUGUGAAGACUUGCUUCGUAGUCAAGCAGACGAUCCUUUUUAUAAAUGUUCCAUGUGGACUUUAAAAGGCCACAGUCUCCUCCAGCCAUGUUCAUUUCCCUCUCUUGCUCUCACACGCUCAAUAGGUCAAGCUUACUUAAUGUUUGCUCAAGUCUUGUGUAUCUUGUUUGGUUGUUUUUCUGCCUGCUUCUAUCAAAGACCUCGACAGUGGGUUCACCAAGUUCUCCUUGUAGUCAUGUCAGUAUCUGCUUAAUAUGUUUUAAAGUUGUUAUUAGGUGCACAUGCAUACAACUUUUAGAAUUCUUAUAUCUUCCUGUUGAGUGAAAUCUUUUACAAUUAUGAGGUGAACCUCUUUGGCUCUAGUACUGCUCUUUGCAGUAAAGUCUAUUUGAACUAAUAUUAAUACCAUUUCUCCAGCAUUCUUUGGUUAGUAUUUGUAUAUCCUUUUCUCACCCUUUUGCUUUCAACCUUUCUUUGCUCUUAUUAGGUGUAUUACUGUACUUAAAAACUGCUUCUAGAUGGAUUUUUAAAAAUCUAGUCUGACAGUCUUUGCUUUUCAACCAAUUUAAUCCAAACCAAGUUUAAUCCAUUUACAUUUAUUGUAAUUACUGAUAUAAUCUGUGUUUAGUUGUACUAUAUAACUUGUGCUUUCUAUUUCUCCUACUUCUUCUGAUCUUUUUUCCCUUUAUUUCUUAUAUUUUUUGUCUUUUUCAUCCUUGUUUCUAUUUUUUUCCUCUAUUAGUUUGAAAGUUAUAAAUUCUAUUUCUGUUCUUUUAGUGAUUGGCCUAGAAAUUUUAACAUUUAUUUCUGAGUUGACAAUGUCUAAAGUUAAAAUUAAUCCAGGGAUUUUAGGUCAAUUUAGCUUUCUUGCCUGCUUUCCAUUUUACCUGCUAUUAUUUUCCAGUAUUUUUAACACAUUGUGGUUUUACUUAGUUCUAAAAAUUAGACAUCAUUAAAUCUGUUUUAUGUAUUCUGUCCCUUUUCGAGUUUAUGAUGUAUGGACAGCCACAUGCACUCCAAGAAAAAGCAGGCUCUUUUUCACUAAAAGAACUUCCUUUGCUAUGACCUUUCAUUGGGGCCAUUUUUCCCUGAAAACUCUGUUUCCUCUCUCUUCUGAAAAAGAAUGUUGCGGGGUUUAUAGCUAUAGCUUGACAGAACUCCGAUAAGAGUCCACUGUCUCUUGCACCUGUCAUUGCUGUUGGGACGUCUGCCUUCCGUUCUUGUCACUCCUGGUUUUACUCUCGACUGCCCUUUUGUUUGGGUCUUUCCUCAUAUUUACUUCAGUUGUGUGUGUUUGUUUUUAAUUUUUUAUUAAUCACAUAGAUAUAUAUUUGUUACCACUACGAAGUAACCACUUGCUUUUGCUUUUUUUUUAAUUGUAAAAUAUACAUAACAUAAAAUUGAUCAUUUUAACCAUAUUUAAGUGUACAAUUCAGUGGCAUUAAGUGCAUUCACAAUGUGUGCAACCAUCACCACUGUCUAUAUCCAGAACUUUUUCAUCAUCUCAAACAAAAACUCUAUAUGCAUUAAGCAAUCAUUCUCCUUUUCCCCCUCCCACAGCCCCUGGUAACUACUGUUUUACUUUCUGUCUCUAUGAAUUUGACUCCUCUAGGGACCUCAUGUAAGUGGAAUCACAUAAUGUUUGUCCUUUUGUGUCUGGCUUAUUUCAGUGAGCAUACUGUUCUCAAAGUCCAUCCAUGCUGUAGUACAUGUCAGCAUUUACUUCCUUUUUGAAGCUGAAUAAAUUCCAUUGUACAUUGGGUGUAUGUAUGUGUGCGCGUGUAUUUGUUUUUGUCAUCUGAUGGUGGACACUUGGGUUGUUUCCACCUUUUUGGCUAUUGUGAAUAGUGCUACUACUAUGUACCUUGAGGUACAAGCAUCUGUUCAGGUUUCUGCUUUCAGUUCCUUUGGAUCUAUACCCAGAAGUGGAAUUGCUGGAUCAUAUGGUAAUUCUGUGUUUAAUUUUUUGAGAAACUGCAACACUGUUUCACACAGCAGCCAUAUCAUUUUACAUUCCCACCAGCAUCUCAUGAGAGCUCCCAAUCACUGUACAUCCUCAUCAACACUUACUUUCCUUUAUAAAAAUAAAAUAAAAGCGAUCCUAAUGGGUGUGAA